AUGAACAAGAGCAAUUACAGCCUGUGGGUGGGUAACAUCCCAUUUGAUGUUACUGAAAAAGAAUUGCAUGAAAUUUUGUCGAAAGUAGGGGAUGUAAUUAAUGUAAGAAUAAAAUAUGAUAUUGAUAAAAAUACAAGUAAAGGAUUUGCUUUUUGUGAGUAUAAAGAUGUGGAAACAUGUAUGUUAGCACUGAAAUAUAUAAAUGGGUAUGAAGUAAAAGGGAGAAAAUUAAAACUGUAUUGGGCCAACGAAGAGUUUAAAGAAAAGUUGACGAGCAAUACGACUAGUAGUAGUGGUGUAGACAUAAUGACAGGAAAGAAUAGAGAAGAUGGGAGUGGUAAAAGAAAUGGUAAUACAAAAGACGUAAAUAAAUUAGAGCAACGUGGUAAUAUUUUAAGCACAUGUUACAGUAGAAAGAAUAUGACUGAAGGAAAUACACACAGUAGUACAAAUGGUAUGAACUACACCAUAGUAACAGCUCCAAAUAAUUAUGUAAAACAUAAUAAUCUUUCUAUAGAUAAGGAGUUAUGGUGGAAUAAUAUAGAAGAAAACAUGAUGAAAGUAAAUAUUGCAAACAUUAUGCAUACGUUAACAACUGCACAGAUUAUAUACGUUUUGUCCUAUUUUAAAAAUUAUGCUUUAAAGAAUUAUAAUAGCUUAAAAAUGCUUUUUCAAAAAAAUGGAAAUGUUGGUUAUGCUCUUCUUCAUUGUUUAUUCCUCGUUAAUGUAAUUAAAGAGCAUAACGUGGGUAGCUCUAGUGAUAUGCAUAUUUGUGUUAAUAACGAUACAAUAAUGAAUAGAAAUGAACGAAUACUACAGAUGAACAGCAGCAAGGUGAAAAUUAGGUUAAACGAGGAGGAACACAAAGGGGGGGUCAACAGUUAUAAUCAUUACAGUAAUAGUGUUUUCAUUAGUAGUACUGCUAAUAGUAACAACAAAAUGAAGGGAUAUAGUAAAAAUAAAGACGACAGUGGUACAAAUUUUUUUUUCAAAAAUAAUAAUAAAAAGAAUGCUAAUAGUACAAAAGAUGAAAGUGUUAUCAUGCAUGGAAAAAAUGAGAAUAAUUUAGCCAAAAAUAAUUUUUCGUCCUCCUCCAAUUUUUCAAAAAAAAAUUACAUGUACAGUUCAGAUAAUGUGUUAGCCAUAGGGGAAAAAGUGGUAAACGCUCCAAAUAUGGCAAAUAUAACAAACGUAGUAAGUGUAGGUUUGUAUGGAAAUAAAAAGAAUGAUACUAUGCCAAGUAACAAAUACAGUACUAACAGAAAUGAUUUUUCAAAUUAUAAUUAUAACAAAAAUCGUUUCAUCCAUGAAGAGGAAUCUAUAACGAGUGGCUAUGACGAUAUAUAUAAUAAUGUGUAUCCAAGUAGUAGUACCAUGGGAGGUAUAAAAGCGAGGGGAAGGAAAGGUGGUCUAUACACCGGGGGUAAUAAUAUUACUAACAUACCCCAUGCUUCUAUUGCUAAUAACGGCGGUGGUAAUGGUAAACUAAAUAACGAAUCUGCUCCCUAUGAUGGAAAACUAUUCGAUGAUAACAUAGUUAUGAACUCAAUGAGUGUUGGCAGUAAUACUACAGAGUACAGGAUAAAUUACAUGAAUGAUUUUUUUGAUCAAAAUAAUGGUAUUAACAACGCGAAAAUAAUAAAUCGUGCACAUAACAACGUCAGUUUUGUGGAACGCGGAAUGGAUUCAAAUCAGGCUAAUCAGGCUAAUCAGGCUAAUCAGGCUAAUCAGACUAGCCAUGUGAGCCAUAUAGGCCACUCCAGUCAUGCAAGUUAUGCUAACCAUGCCAACCAUGCUGACUAUCCCGACUAUGUGAAAGCAGUGGAAACAAAACAUAUGUACAAGGAGUAUGUGAAUGAUGGGGAAAGGUCUAACAAUAUGAGGGGGGUUGAAGUAGGAUUCAACAGUUUUUACCACAGUGGAAACGAGGUAAGCGAGGCAAACGCGGUUAAGGGGAAAAACGAGGUUAAGGGGACAAACGAGUUAAAUGGUACAAACGAGUUAAAUGGUACAAACGAGAUAAACCUAAUGAACGACUUGCAGAAUGGAAGAAACAGAGACGACAUUAGUGGUAAGCGUUUCACUGAUAUGAAGAAGGAGGUUAAGGGAUCUAACGAACGAAUGUAUGAUUACAGUGGGAAAGAAAUUAAUGAACAUAAUGAUCUGAACAGUUCAGGCGAUUUGUAUGGAAAGAAUUAUAACAUAGAAGGAAAUAACCUUAUUAAUGAUGACAAGUCAAAAAAGAAAAAAUAUAAUAUAAUGAAAAAGAAUUUAUAUACUACCAAUUGUAAGGGUAAUAAAACUUUAAUAAUGGAGGGUAUGAAGAGUAAUGAGAAUAAUGCAUCAACUGUUCAUUCUUUAAGUAGUACCAAUAAUGCUUGUAUAGACUCAUUAUAUGCAAAUGUUGACUUGCCAGAUGAGGACUUAGUGAAUGAAGUUAUUAAAAAUGAAGAUAUAUUAAACAAUAUUUUAAAAUCAAAAAUACAAGACAUGAAAAAUUGGAACAGUGAGCAGAGAAUGCAGGUCCUUUCUAUUCAGAAGGCCCUCCAGCUGAAGGGGUACAUGCUCAAGUGA